AUGUCUAUGGACACGAACCUCAUCAAGACAGUGAAUAAGCUGCAAGAUGCCUUUGCCGCUGUUGGGGUUGCCAAUCCUAUCGACCUUCCCCAGAUCACCGUCAUUGGAAGUCAGAGUAGUGGGAAGAGUUCCGUGUUGGAGAACAUUGUAGGACGGGACUUCCUACCCCGAGGAACUGGUAUCGUUACUCGGCGACCUCUCGUCCUUCAGCUCAUCAAUCGUCCCAACUCGAAAGGCGAAGUAGGCGGAGUUGCGUCUGAAGAAUUCGAUACCGCAGCACUGAAACAGGAAUCUGCCGGCGGCGCAUCCACGCCAACAGCCCCCUCUGAGGUGGACGAAUGGGGGGAGUUCUUACAUAUUCCCGGGAAGAAGUUCUCAAACUUCGAUGAGAUUCGGGAGGAGAUUGUCAAAGAGACGGAGGCCAAGACCGGGAAAAAUGCUGGAAUCUCUCCUGAGCCCAUCAAUCUGCGUAUUUACUCGCCGAACGUGCUAACGCUGACUUUGGUCGAUCUCCCCGGAUUAACCAAAGUUCCGGUUGGAGAUCAGCCGAAAGACAUUGAAAAGCAAAUCCGUGACAUGCUUAUGAAGUUCAUUACAAAGAACAAUGCCAUUAUUCUGGCUGUCACUGCUGGAAACACGGAUUUGGCGAACUCAGAUGGAUUGAAGUUGGCUCGCGAAGUGGAUCCUGAGGGUGUGCGGACUAUCGGAGUCCUGACCAAAAUCGACUUGAUGGAUCAAGGCACAGAUGUCGUUGAUAUCCUUGCUGGACGUGUUAUUCCGCUCCGACUGGGUUACGUCCCCGUUAUCAACCGUGGACAGCGGGAUAUCGAGAACAAGAAGAAGAUCUCAUUGGCUCUGGACGCCGAACGCAACUUCUUCGAAGGUCACCCUUCCUACAAGUCGAAGGCGCAAUACUGUGGCACACCGUUCUUGGCGCGCAAGCUGAACAUGAUUCUCAUGCACCACAUUCGCAACACACUGCCUGAGAUCAAGGCCAAGAUCCAAGCUGGCCUUGUCAAGUACACUCAAGAACUCGCUCAAUUGGGUGAUGUGCUUACUGAGGAUCAAUCAAGUCAGUCAAACAUCAUCCUCAACGUGAUCACCGAGUUCACAAACGAGUACCGCACGAUCAUCGAUGGUACUUCCAACGAAAUCACCAGCGAUGAGCUCAGUGGAGGAGCUCGUGUUAGCUUCGUGUUUCACGAGAUCUUCGGAUCCGCUAUUCGCAGCAUGGAUCCUUUCGACCAGAUCAAGGAUGUGGAUAUUCGUACUAUUCUGUACAACUCUUCGGGAUCUUCCCCUGCGCUUUUCGUUGGGACCGCUGCUUUUGAGGUGCUUGUGAAGCAGCAGAUCAGGAGGCUGGAGGAGCCAAGUUUGAAAUGUGCUUCCAUGAUCUACGACGAGUUGGUUCGCAUUCUCAACAAGCUGUUGCAGAAGCAGAUCUUCAAGCGUUUCCCGGCCAUGAGGGAAAAGUUUUACGGGGUUGUUAUCAACUUCUUCAAGAAAUGUAUGAUCCCAACCAACAAGCUCGUGCAAGAUCUCAUUGCCGGAGAGGCAUGCUAUGUCAACACGGGGCAUCCGGAUUUCAUUACUGGGCACAAGGCGAUGGCGAUCAUCAACGACCGAGUAGUGGCAUCCAAGGCGCCCCCACCACCCCCACCAGUCGACCCUAAGAACCCCCGAUCAGUCGCUCAAUCCCCGGCUGCACAGUUGCCGCAAAGAGAUCCCAACGCCGACAUCAUCGCCCAAGCAAACAACAGUGAUGGCUUCUUUGGCAGCUUCUUCUCCAAGAAGAGGAGGCCUGGAGUUCUCGAGAACCCUCCUCCGGUGUUGAAGGCGUCUGGGAACUUGUCCGAGAGGGAGUAUAUUGAAUGUGAAGUCAUCAAGCUUCUGCUCCUAUCCUACUUCUCCAUCGUCAAGCGCACCGUCUCCGACCUGGUGCCUAAAUUUGUCAUGCUCAAGCUCGUCCAGCACACGAAAGAAGAGCUUCAGCGGGAGCUCCUCGCCGAGCUCUACAAGAAGGAGGUCUUCGACGACGCUCUCCAAGAAAGCGAUUUCACCAAGCAGAGACGCCAAGAGUGCAGGAAAAUGAUUGAGGCGCUCCAGAAAGCGGACGAGAUCAUUGCCGCGGUCUGA